ACAACAAUAAACACCGGCAAUCAAAGUUAAAUGAUCCCCUAAUCGGACUUUGCCAUUCAUUCUAGCCGAACUUUUCCGUGAAGAUGUCGUACCAAGGAUACCAACAAUUGCUAGUGGAGCAGCAGGGCAAAGUGCUGGUGGUGAAGUUCAACAAUCCGAAAAAGAAGAACUGCAUCAACAGGUUCGCCUACCAGGAGAUGACCCGUGUGUUGACCGAGGUCAACGGCGAUGACGGUGUGAACCUAGUGGUUUUCACUGGUGUUGGCGAUUUUUUUACGGCCGGAAACGACUUAUCUCAGUCCUCCCAGAGCGAAGACAUCGACGCCUUCUUCAAGCAAUCCAAUGCAACGUUCAAGGCCAUGGUACUGAGUUUUGUGAACUGUAAGAAGAUAGUAUUUUCCCUGGUAAACGGUCCGGCAAUAGGAAUUGGAGCCACCAUCGUAGGAUUGUGCGAUGUGGCCUGGUGCUCCGAAACCGCCUAUUUUUAUACCCCGUUCACCAAAUUGGGUCUUGUGCCAGAAGGUGGUUCUUCCUACAUGCUGCCAUUGAUUUUGGGCCGUUCCAAAGCCUCGGAGGUCCUGCUUCUCAAUGAACCCCUUAGCGCCCAGGAGGCCUAUCAGUUUAACUUUGUGUCACGUAUUUUUAAGAACAGCGAAUUGGAUUCUGUGGUUUGGCCCAAACUUCGUCAGUAUUCCGAGCUACCCACAAACUCUCUUUUGCAAGGAAAACGCCUUGUUAAAGAGGGAUUCCUGGAGAAUCUGAUCAAAGCCAAUGACGCGGAGUGCAAACAGCUGCUACAGCAGUUCCAGCAUCCCGAAUUUUUCCAGGCGAUUAUGGACUUUGCUAGCCGUAAAACCAAGUCCAAACUGUAAAUAUUUUUAAAGUCUGUUACUAUCUCUAUGAUGUCUCAGUGUCUUGCUUUAUGCUGGCCUAUUCUUAGACCCAAAAUCUUCGUUUGUUUAUUUUUAUAAAAUAUAAGGGAAAACGAAUGGUCUUGAAGAUUAGAUUAAAGGUAUUAUGAGUGUAUUUUGCACCAAGCUCCGUAGUCUAAUCUCCUUGAACUUUCAAUGAACAUGUGAAUUUAUAUAUGUACAUACAUAUGUUCUGCGCUGAUUAAAAAUAAUUUAAGUACUCCAGCAUAUGUCUUAUUGUAUAUAGCAAACAGCGCAUUAUCAUAGUAAUAGUAAAUUAAAUUUUGUAUGUGUUUGAAUAUUGGUGCUGAAAAUAAAAAUAGUUAUUAUUGUUAAAA